AUGAAAAGAUUCUUGCAACAAUUACAAAAUUAAUAAUAAGUCUCGCUUAAAUCAAUACUAUAUUAACUGUAAAUGAAUAUCUUAUUAUCAAACUUUAUGUGUAAUAACAUAUCACUUUCAACAAUAAGAAAACAAGUUGAAUUAUUUUUAUUAAAGAAUAGAAUACAGGCUGACAAAAUUAAAUUGAAAAUUUUUAACAAACAAUACUAAUUCAAUAUAUUAUUAUUCUAAGGAUAAACUCAAUGA